AUGUCCCUCAAAAUGGCUUCUCCACUUUAUCUGAUCUUUCUGUUCAUGAUCUCAGGAGCUCUUGGGAAUAAAUGGAGUGUGAAAUACAGCCAACUAAAUCUCUGUGCUAUAAGAGGAUCUACAGUGUUUAUGAACGGCACUUACACACACCCAACACGUCUUACAGUGAUGAACAGGUUUUGGUUAAUAAACCCAGUUCCAGGUAUAGAGCCGACUGAUCUGCGUAAUGAAUCAGGUUACUCAGGCAGAGUGGAGUAUUUAGGAGAUGAACAGAAUCACUUCUCCCUCAGACUGAGUGAUGUGAAGAAAACAGAUGAACACAUGUACUGCUUGAGAAUCAUAACAAAUGAUCAAAAAGAACGAUGGAUGGGUGUACCCGGUGUUACACUCACUGUUACAGAUCUUCAGGUGAUCGCUCCUGCAGCAGUGACAGAGGGACAAUCAGCCGUUCUGACCUGUAAAACCACCUGCAGUCUGACUGAUCCCACAUUCAUCUGGUACAAAACCAGACAUGGUUUAACCACAAAGACCACCAAGAGCAAUGAAGUCCACCUGCAGCGGGUCAGCAGUGAGGAUGCAGGCAGUUAUAGCUGUGCUGUAAGAGGAUAUGAACAUCUCCCCUCUCCUGCUGAAAACCUCAGCGUCAGAUAUCCUCCAAAGAACGUCUCAGUGUCCAUCAGCUCCUCUGGUGAGAUAGUGGAGGGCAGUUCAGUGACUCUGACCUGCAGCAGUGAUGCUAACCCACCUGUGGAGAUCUACACCUGGUUUAAGGAGAAAGAAUCAUCACCUGUAGGAUCUGGACAGAGUUACAGAGCUCUACAGAGUGGACAGUACUACUGCGAGGCUCAGAAUAAACACGGCUCUGAGAGAUCAGCUGCAGUGUCCGUCACUUUAAACGGUGAGAGCGAUGAUUAUACGUCCAUGUUUGAUCUCUGCUCUGUUAUACAUCAUACACUAUGGAUUUUCUUUUUAUAAAAUCUUUUCAUUUCUGCUCUUCCUGUUUGUGUGUGUGUGUGUGUGUGUGUGGGU